AUGGAACCAGAAAAUUUUACCAGCAGAGUGACAGAAUUUAUUCUCCUUGGCCUCACAGCAGACCACCACCUGCAGUAUGUCCUCUUUGUUGCAUUCCUGAUAGUCUGCAUCAUCACUUGGCUAGGCAACCUCACGAUAAUCAUCACAGUGAUCCUUGACCAAAGCCUUUGCUCCCCGAUAUACUUCCUACUGGGAAAUUUGGCCUUCAUAGACCUCAGUGAGUCUUCAGUCACAGUGCCAAAGAUGCUGUGGGACCUUGCAUCACAGCAUAAGGUUAUUUCUUUUGGUGGAUGCUUGGCACAGAUGUUCUUCUUUCACUUCACCGGGGGUGCUGUAGUGUUCCUUCUCAUGGUGAUGGCAUUGGAUCGGUAUGUGGCUAUCCAUAAACCACUUCAUUAUCUCAUCAUAAUGAACCAAGGUACAUGUGUCGGGUUGGUGGCAGGAGCAUGGUUGGGCGGCUUUGUUCAUUCCAUUGUUCAAAUAGCUUUAAUGAUGAGAUUACCAUUCUGUGGACCCAACAUCUUGAACAACUAUUACUGUGACGUUCCACAAGUUAUCAAACUGGCCUGCACAAAUACUUUUGUUACAGAGAUGCUAAUGUUUUCUAACAGUGGGCUUCUCACGACCCUUAUAUUCAUCAUCCUGAUUGCAUCCUACACCAUCAUCUUGGUCAAGAUAAGAGCACAUGUUACUGAAGGGAAGAUGAAGGCUCUCUCCACAUGUGGGGCCCAGAUCACUGUGGUAUGCAUCCAUUUUGUACCCUGCAUUUUCAUCUAUGCUCGACCUUUCCGGGAAUGUACAGCUGACAAGGCUCUUUCUGCACUCUACACAGUCUUCACCCCUAUGUUAAAUCCUCUCAUUUACACACUGAGAAAUACUGAGAUGAAGAACGCCAUUCGGAAAUCAUUAAAAAGAGUUCUUCUGUCAGGAAGAUAG